UUUGGUGUAUUAACUGACACACACGUGUGUAUGUCUUUUCCAGCUUGAGAAACAGAAACGCCUGGAGAGGAUCAGACAGAAAAGAAGCCCAGCUGGACGAGCUCAUACUACAGCAAAUCGCCUUUAAGAACCUGGUCCAGAGAAACCAGGCAGCAGAGGCGGAGUCCCAGAGCCCUCCUCCUCCCGGCGCGGUUCAUCCAGCUGCCCUUCAUCAUCCUCAACACGGACGUGCGCACAGUUCAUCGACUGCUCCAUCUCCAGCGACAAGUGCGAGUACCUGUUCAACUUUGACAACACGUUUGAGAUCCACGACGACAUCGAGGUGCUGAAGCGCAUGGGCAUGUCGCUGGGCCUGGAGAGCGGCUCGUGCACCGCAGAGGGACUCAGCCUGGCACGCUCGCUCGUGCCCAAGUCUCUCCAGUGCUACGUCACAGCCAUGGCCAGGAACUCCAGUCGCACGCCCCACAGCCACACGAGUUCUCUCCCAGGUGACCUGGACUCCUCCUCGCUCAGUGGUGGGAGGAGCUUCAGCCACAGUAGCACCGCCCCCUCCCACGCCUCUGAAUCCCGCAGCUCUUUCAACGAGGAGGAAGAGGACGAGGAAGAGGACGAGCCCUCGUCACCCGAGUGACCCAUCCAAAAAACCAACGCCUGACCAAUCAGCAUCCCUGACGGGGGACAAAUAAAUAAAUAAAUAAAUGAAAAAUGAAAAGGAAAAAAAAAAGACUUCCAAUGCACCUAAUAUCCCUACAGGAGGAAUUGGAGGCAUGCUCUACAGGAAAUAAGCUGCCAUUUUGGUUUUCUAUUAAUAAGAUAUGUUAGGAAUAUAUAUCUCUCCAUCUCUCCAUCACUUUCCUUCUUCCCAAACCCCCUACUCUAGAAUUGGAGUCAAUCGUGCCUCCUAGGGGUGUGUGUGUGUGUGUGUGUGUGUGUGUGUGUGUAAUUGAUUGCUUAACUGUCUGUGUGUGUGUGUGUGUGUGUGUGUGUCUCUGGUAGUCUGGUAGUGGAGUGCUCGGAGUUUGAGAGUUUGAGUAGAGGCCCCAUGCCCUACAGACGUCAGCCAAGGCCUCUCAGGGCCCCGACCCCCUGGGCUCACCCGGACGCCCUUCUCACCCGGACGCCACUUCUAUUUAUGUCCACGCUCACAUCAGUCAUAACUGUGACAUUUCAGUUUGCCUGCUUUCCACUCCUCCAGACCAGGCUUGCGACCCAAGCAGCUUCCAUUAUCCAUCCUUCGUUUGCUCAUUUAAGGGAACUUUUUUGACUUAUUUCAGUCUGCAAAUGGCAUACAUUUCGUAGACCAUAUUUGUAUAUUUCUUUUUCCCUAAAAAAAAUCAAACAUGCUAUCGUUUUUAAGCGUGACUAAUAUUUGUCGAUCUUCUAUUGUUAUUGUUAUUUGAUUGUAUAGCCGAUCGAUUAGGAUUCAUGCUCAUCUUUCACCGCAUCUACUAUUGCAGAGACCUCCUGGAGCGUUUUGGAGAGGUGCGUUAUGGGAGAUGUAGUCUUGUGCGUGAGAAGUAGUAUUGCAUCACUCAUUCCUUAUUUUUGGUUGUUAUCCCAAAGCCGAUGUAUGAAUAGCAACUCUUCCCGGACACACUGCCUUGCGUUCUGAGACACACUGGUUGGUUAUGUUUUUUAAAAGGACAGAUUACUGAUGAGAUGCCUGAAGUGCAGGCAUUUUUCCUCCUGUUUCUAUUCACACGUUAAGGUUCUGCUCUCUCUUUGGAAAUGUAACUGUGUAUGUAUAUACCUAUACAUAUAUAAACAUAUAAUUUUGGUUA